GCCCUCUGAGCACUGCGAGGAUGUCGGCAGCAUCCUGUCACAAGCCUGCUUCUAAACCAGGAACUGUCUUAGUCUGGGACGCGCGCUACAACCAUGUCGAGCUCGCUGGUCGUGUGUGAGGUGGAUCCGAGUCUGCAGGAGAAACUGAAGAAGUUCCGUUUUCGAAAGGAGACUACCAACGCCGCCAUUUUGAUGAAAAUCGAUAUGGAGAAACAGCUUGUCAUAUUAGAAGAGGAGUACGAUGACAUUUCCCUGGACAAUCUGAGGGAAGAGCUUCCUGAGCGCCAGCCCCGAUACAUCGUGUAUAGCUACAAGCUCACACACUCAGACGGCCGAGUCUCCUACCCGCUGUGUUUCAUUUUCUGCAGUCCUGUGGGCUGUAAGCCGGAGCAGCAGAUGAUGUACGCCGGCAGUAAAAACAGGCUGGUCCAAUCUGCCGAGCUCACCAAGAUUUUUGAAAUCCGUAACGCUGACGAUCUUUCCGAGGAGUGGCUUAAAGAGAAGUUGUCCUUCUUUCGCUGAAACGUCACACACGAUCAGUCCAUCCAUCA